AAUAUUUUUGAAUUUAAACAAAAAAGGAAAUCAAAAUCAAAAUCGCUGUCUCAUACUCUCAGGCUUUGUAAAUCACAAUUCACAAUCACUCAAACCCCAAACUUUCUCUCUCUGAUUCAAUUUUUUUGGGGGUCAAAAUCAUAAGCGAACGCUGAACAAUUUUGUGAAAUUUUGGACGGCUGAGAUUGGCGGGCAGAGGAGGAUAGCAUGGCGUCGGCGCCGGUGAACAAGAUCGAGCGGGCCCACCUGAUGUACCGGGAAGGGAGGUACUCGGAGGCCCUAGGGUUUUACACGGAAGCCCUAUCCAUGGCCAAGACGAAGCCCCAGAAGAUCGCUUUGCACAGCAACAGAGCUGCUUGCUUCUUGAAGCUUCACGAUUUCAAAAAGGCUGCAGAUGAAUGCACCUCAGUGCUUGAGCUUGAUUUCAAUCACACUGGAGCUUUGAUGUUGCGGGCGCAGACCCUAGUGACCCUCAAGGAAUAUCACUCAGCUCUCUUUGAUGUUCAUCGGCUGAUAGAGUUAAAUCCAUCAUCAGAAGUGUAUCAAAACCUUCAAGCCCGUUUAAAGACACAAGUGUCCCUUGCUCCAAUACCUGAAUCCGACGCAGAGCUAGAAGAAGAGGAAGAAGACGAGGAUGAAGUAGAGCUAAAUGGAUAUGGGAAGGAAGAGGAGAAAUACGAAGGACAAGAAGGUGCAGUAUUUUCAGGUGCAGUAAAGGAUCAGUUUGCUGAGGUUAAUAGGACGACUGCUGUUGCUGAUGUUAUUCCCCCCAAGACACCAGUAAACAAGGAAGUUCCUGAACAAGGAAGGGAUCCAAAAGUUAAUUACACAAAGACUACUUCCCCAGCUGAAGUUGCUGCCCCUCGUGCAGAACUCAUCAAAGUACCGUCUGAAAAAGAAAAAGGAUGGCAAGCAAUCCCAAAACCGAAGGGGCACUCUUCUCUGGACUAUGCACGGUGGGACACAGUAGAAGAUGACUCUAGUGAAGAUGACGACGACGACGAUGAUGAUGAAGAGUCUCAACCUCAGUAUAGAUUCCGUGUAAGAACUGUUGGUGUCCGACCAGUUAAGUGAAGAGGCGGCAGACGAACAAAUGUACACAAUACACAAGAUAGAUAGCCAUCAUUAUUGCUAAAACCGGCCACAAAGUCAAUAUCACAGUGAAUUCAGGAGGGGAAAGUUCUUGUAGUUUCAUAUUCAGAAAUUUUGAAACCUAUGAGAAAAUUGGCUUCAACAAGCAGGUGAGCUUGGAAACAUAUCAUUUGUAAGAAACAGGAUUCUGCAUUUUAGUUCUCUGGCUGAAGUUGGAUUUAUUGACUUUGUGCAGUUCCUGUUGUGCUGCGAUUUUCAAACAAUUCAUGCUGUGACACAAAAAUAAGUGGAGGCUCGGUCCGCAAACAGUUGAAAUCAAACAUGUCCUGGCUGAUUAGUGCUUACAGGGUCGGGUAAAUUAUUGGUUCUGUGAUGGCGUUUGUAAAUUUUUAUUGCAGUGCUUGUAAGAAAAUAAUGAAAACUAAAAAGUUUUCAAGAUUGCUACCAUAUUCAAGCAACUUGUUGACCAGAAAGAAUGAUACAAACUUUUAUUUAUUUAUUUUUUAUUGUAUUUUCUGGUGUCAC